AUGGCCGUGUUCCAGGUCCUCGGCUCGCCCGAGCUAGUGUCCGAUACCGAGCUAGUGGACCACGUCGCGCGCAAGCUGGAGAAGAACGGCGCAGGGAAGCUCGCGCGUCGCCUGCGGCGGAGUGUCGAGCUCGCGGCCGAGGCGCCGCCAGGCCAAGGCGACAAGGUCCGCCUGUGGUCCGACCCGCGACCAACCGACGCCGCCCGCCGGCCGCCAGACUUCUGGCGCGUGGACCGCACCGUCCCGCGCCAUGACGGCGCGUACCCCGGCAACACGCCCGCCGAGCGGCGCACGCACCACUUCAACCAGCAGCUCACGCGGCUGCUGACGCUGCGCCAUACGCUGCCGUACGAGCUGCACCUUGGCCCGGACCCGCGCGCGCCGGCGCCCAAGCUGCGCCGCGUGCGCGACUUGCUCCACUACAUCGACCGCCUGCGCGCGAACCACAGCUUCGUGCCGGACCGCGUGACUGCCAACAUUGUCGUCAAGGCGUGGCUGGUCAACCUGGCGCGUGGGACGCACGGCCACGGCGAGGCUGCGCGCGCCAAGCUCGGCCGCGACGGGCUGGAGAAGGCCGAGCUGCGCGGCGUGUUCGAGUUCGUCUCGGCUUCCAUGAAUGCGGAGGUGGAGAAGUCGGGUGGCAAGUCCCAGCCCGCGGUCUUGGGCGGCGACGACGGCGCGCUUCCCUUCGACUCGAGCCUCGACUUUGACCGCCACGUGCGGCCGUUCGCAAAGAUCAUGCUCCGCGCCAUGCGCCGCAUCGGGGACCGUGAGGGCCGCGAGGUGGUGGCCAAGUGGGUGGAAGGGAUGGAGAUCCAGUUGAAGGGAAAGCAGGAGGAGGAGGUGGCGGAGGUGCCGCGCAAGGGAGACUAG